CUCGCAUUUCGUUGCAGCACCCACAAACUGCAAACCGCACUCAUGCGAACCCUGCACGAGUGCGGGUUGCACUUUGUGGGUGCCGCACUCGUGCGAACCCUGCACGAAUGCCACGCCGCAAGCCCGCUAACCCAACUGAUAUCUGCACUCAAUGACCAACGGGUUCGUCCCGCCAUACGCCAGAGAAAAAAAGACACUCUCUCGACGACCCAGCAGAAACCAAUGCACAACGCCAGCGACGGGUUCUAA